CCCUGUCUCUGAUUCCCGUCUCCUCCCCCCGGGGGUUGGUGGAUCUGCUGUGUCCGGCGAUCUCCGGCUUCUCCUGUCCCCGGUGUGCUCCUGUCUUGUCCCCUGGCUGCUGUCACCCGAUGGGCUUGUCCCUUAGUAGUAGACUGUCCGCUUCGGGGCUCCUCUGAGAGCCGCUAUCCGUCCCCCCGGCACCAUGAGGUCGAUGCUCCGGAGGUUCCUGCGGAUCUCUAACCGAUCCAUCUUCGCCUUUAUCUUCUUCUUCUCGCUCUCCUCCUCCUGCCUCUACUUCAUCUAUGUGGCCCCCGGCAUAGCAAACACCUACCUCUUCAUGGUACAAGCUCAAGGCAUAAUGCUACGAGACAACGUUCGAACCAUUGGGCAUAUGAUAAGACAAUAUACCAAUAAAAAUGGUACACUAAAUGGAACAGACUACCCAGAUGGUACCAAUUCCACUGAUUUCACCGCACAGUCCACAAUGUAUCUACCUGAAAACUUCACAUUCUCCCCAAACCUUCCGUGUCCGCAAAAGUUGCCGUUUAUGCGUGGGCCUACAGAUAUUAACAUGAGUGAGAUCUCAUUAGAAGAAGUUUAUCAGAUGUUUGCUCCUAUGGGUAUUGGACCUGGAGGACACUGGAAGCCCACAGACUGCACUCCUCGGUGGAAGGUAGCAAUCCUGAUUCCAUUCCGAAAUCGCCAUGAACACCUGCCUAUUUUCUUCCGCCACCUGAUACCCAUGCUGCAGAGACAGCGCUUAGAGUUUUCCUUCUAUGUCGUUGAACAGGCUGGUACUCAGACAUUCAAUCGAGCAAUGCUGUUUAAUGUUGGGUUUAAAGAAGCCAUGAAGGAUCGAAAGUGGGACUGUGUUCUUUUCCAUGAUGUAGAUCACAUUCCUGAGAACGACAGAAAUUAUUACGGUUGUGGAGAAAUGCCGCGUCAUUUUGCAACGAAACUUGACAAGUACAUGUACAUUCUGCCAUACGAUGAGUUCUUCGGAGGAGUAAGUGGCUUAACUGUGGAGCAGUUUAGAAAGAUCAAUGGAUUUCCCAAUGCAUUCUGGGGAUGGGGAGGAGAAGAUGAUGAUUUAUGGAACAGGGUACAUUAUGCCGGCUACAAUGUGUCAAGACCAGAAGGAGACCUUGGGAGGUACAAGUCGAUUCCUCACCAUCACAGAGGAGAGGUCCAGUUCUUGGGACGAUACAAAUUGUUGCGAUACUCUAAAGAACGUCAGUAUCUCGAUGGAUUAAAUAAUUUAAUAUAUGCUCCAAAUAUAAUGAUAGACAAGUUGUUUAAAAACAUCACUGUAAACCUUGUGCCAGAGCUGGCUCCGGUGAAAGACUACUAAUGGGAAUGCUCACUGUCCGACAUCAAUGGGAUGCCUAUCAGAAGAGGAACACUAUAGCUAUGGAACUUAUGGACCACCUCUUACGUGAUACUAGUGACCGAUAUCAAAUUCCAAUUCUCUGAAUGUGUGACCAUGCAUUACGUCUCAAGCCAGCAGCUGCUAUAUCGAUGUUUACAGCAGAAGACUGCUCCUAAUGCAGGCCUUGUCUCACCAAAUGCUCUACACUUCCACCUUUUCACUCCACUGUGCGGUGAUUUUAGUUUAACACCGGUUUUGCUUUCUAUUUUUGCACCAAUAUACCGCUUCUCGAGUUUUCUUCUUUUCAGUUUUUGGCCUUAAAACUAUAGGCCUUUUUUUCUUAUCGUUUUUUUAUUUUAAUUUUUUUUUGUAUUUGGCAGGUGUAUAUGUUUAUGUAUAUAUCAGUUUUUGGUUUGUGUAAAUACAUUGGUUAUAUUUGUGUGUAUAUAUGUGUAAAUACAUUUAUGUAUACACAUAUGGAUUGAUGUAAAGUUACUCCAACAAUUUUUAAUGGACCCUGUUUUACACCUUUGCAUGUCUUUACUGUAUUAAUGUAUUUUCUUUUUUUUUUUUUUUUUUAAACCGUGUGUCUUAUUUAAUGGCGCAAAGAUACUUUGUAACCUCAAACAAUCAAUCAGAAUUAACAUUUCAGCUCAGACUAGCAAAAGCUGAUUUUGAUUGGUUGGUAUGGGGUCCAUGGCACUCCAGUUCUUUGCGGUUUAUUAUUAAAAAGGCCAUUUACUUAAUUUGCAUGACAAUAAACACAUGUAAAUAUUAGAUUUUUUUAAAGAAAAGUUUAAGCUUAAUGUAAAAUGAAGGAACUGCUUAUAACUUUAUGGCCAGCUAUGACUGUAAACUGUUAUAAUGGUUUGUGAGCUUAAGGCCUUUUGUUUGGGGUUAAUUCUGAACACUGAGAGAAAAGGGAUGUGUAUGUUUAAGUGCAGCCUUGGCCACUGUGGUACAGAAUGUACAGAUAACCCCCGUUUCCCAUAUCAUUUGUAAUUAUAUAAUUUAUUCUAUGGCAUCGUCAUUGUAUAAUAUAAAUAUAUAUAUAUAAAAAGUUACAUAUCAUACAUA